AUGUUUGCAGCGGAGGGCGGUUAUCAGGCCGAGGCCACUUUCUACAUCAACGGACUGGACGUGGACGAGAAGGUGGCCAUGAUGAAGAACCAACUAGCUCAUCUCUUUAAAGAUGCCAACUUCAGCCGGCUGAGCAUCGAGCAGUACGGAACGCAGGUGCGGAAUCCCAGCUCACAACAGGCCGGCACUGUACAGCUUCGAGUGUUUGCGCAGGCGCGGAAGAAGGAGGACAUCGCGGGCCGUCAAUUUCAAGGUUCCGAUAUACGCCGUGCGGAUGCAAAGCUAGCCCGGCUACCACAUGUCGCUGGAUUUCCGAACGAUGGACCCAAAGAGUCGACCAUCGACCAUCGUGUUCUCCUGGGCACGGGAGAUUCGAUAGCCGUGCCGCGGCCUGAAAAUAUCGCAACGUAUAAGGUUCUUCGACCGUCUGCUGAUACGGCAGAUCCCAUAGACCUGUUCUCGCUGGGGCCCACGGAGUUCGCGCCGCUGGGCAGCAUAGUCCACGCGCGGUCUGGCGACAAGGCCGAUAACUCCAACGUCGGUUUCUUCGUUCGCAACGAGGACGAGUACCCCUGGCUCCGGACGCUGUUGACCGUCUCCCGUCUGAAGCAACUGCUUGGCGAUGACUGGUUCAACAACAAUCCGGAUCAAAGACUGGAGCGUGUUGAGUUUCCCGGAAUCAACGCCGUGCACUUGUAA